UUUGAUUCCAUUCAUUCGAUUUUAAUAAUGACAAUGAUGAUGAAAAUUAUUUCAUUGAUAAUCGCAACAUUUUCUUUACUAUUCAUUGGUCAAUUUGUAUUGGCCGAAGAUGAUCAACAGCAACCGCCCAUUGUGACCAUAAAAAAUGGCAAAGUUCGUGGCUAUACGAAAACAUUGUUGUAUGAAAAACGAAAAUUAUUCGUAUAUGAAGGUAUUCCAUAUGGAAAACCUCCUGUUGGUGAAUUACGUUUUAAACCAUCACAACCGAUUGAUAAUUGGAAUGGUAUCUAUGAUGCUCAUGGUUAUCGAAAUGCUUGUAUGCAUUCAAACUUGAUUAAACCGGAUAAUGAAUUUCCUGAAACUAAACAUCAAUCAGAAGAUUGUCUUUUCCUAAGCGUAUUUCGUCCAGCUACUGAAACGCAAAAAAAAUUACCAGUUAUGUAUUGGAUUCAUGGUGGUGGUUUUGAAACCGGUACAAUUUUUUCUUUUGUUUAUGAUCCAUCAUAUUUGAGCGGUAUUGGUGAUGUCAUCGUUGUUACUGUCAAUUAUCGCUUGGGUACAUUUGGUUUUAUGUAUGCCGACGAUGAAGAAGCUCCAGGUAAUGCAGGACUUUAUGAUCAAAUUCUCGGUCUAAAAUGGACACGCGAUAAUAUCGAACAAUUUGGUGGUGAUCCCGAUCAGAUUACCAUUUUUGGUCAAUCAGCUGGCGGUAUGAGUGUAUCGGCUCUUUUAUUAUCACCAUUAACCAAAGGUCUAUUCAAACGUGCUAUUAUGCAAUCUGGUGCGGUUAAUUCAUGGAUGGGAUCGAACAAUAAAAAUGAAGCAUUGAAAAAAACUAAAUUAAUUGCCAAUGCAUUGAAAUGUCCAAAUGAUGAUAUCAAACAGAUGGUGAAAUGUAUACGUAAUGCAUCGGCCAAUGAUAUUGUUAAUGCUAAUCAAUAUGGCCGUAAUAUUGGGAUGGUUUUAUCACCCGUAUAUGGUUCGGAAUUAUUGCCAAAAAAUCCAGUUGAAGCAUUGAAAAAUGGCGAUUUUCAUCGUGAAGUAGAUCUUAUGUUUGGUGUAACACGAAAUGAAGGAUCCGUUUUUGCUGAAGUAAUAUUUCCGAAAUUUUUAUCGCCCACGAUUAAGAAUCCACAAUUCACACGAAUCCAGGCACAAACAUUGAUUGAAUUAUUGUUUGGUGUUUUCAAGGCAAAAGAUCCAAAAACUAUUGCAGAGUUUUAUGUGAAAAAUAUUUCCGAUUCCGAUGUCGAUGGAUUACGUAAUUCUGUCAAUUCAGCAUUCGGUGAUUAUCAUCUGAUUUGUCCAUCAAUAUUUUUUGGCGAAACUUUCGCCAGUCACAGCGAAUCGAACAAUGUAUAUGGUUAUCAUUUGGUGCAUAAACCAACAAUAUCGGCUAUAGUUGAAUGUGUUGGAUAUAUGGGUGUAUGUCAUGGUGAUGAUCUUGUAUAUUUAUUUGGUUUUCCCAUUGAAUUACGUGGUAUCGGCUAUUCAGAGGAUGAUUUCUAUCAAUCAAUGGACAUGAUUAAAGCAUGGUCUAAUUUUGCACAUAAUGGUCAGCCAGGUAAAUUUGGUAAUAUCGAAUGGCAACCAACAUUGAAAAAGCAUUCAUCAUUAUCAUCAAAUUCCAGUGCAACUGUUUUACAAAUGGAUGUACGUGGUAAACAUCGUAUGGUUGAUAAUUAUUUUGUUCCUUUUUGUGAGAAUUUUUGGCGACAACGAAUCUUUGUCUAAUUUUCAUUCUAUAUAGAGAAAAAUAAGUUUCUGAUUUGAUUCGAUUUUGAUCAAUAAAUUCUAAAAAAAAUAA